CACUUUGCUAUCAUGGCGAGUUUGAGGACAGUUUCACCUGCAAUUCUGUCCUAGAUCGCUGAGCCAGAAGGAAAACAGCCGCGACCAUCAGUCAAAGUGGCGCGGGCACCAGUUGCCAAGAGCGAAGGGUUGGAAGUUGAAAUCACCGCGUGCCGACUAGCCGACUCCGACAUGAAUCCUGACGACUACGAAAAACUGCCAACCAACAAUGUGGUGACCAACAUGAGUGCGGGAGCCAUCGCUGGAAUCAUGGAGCACUGCGUCAUGUACCCUCUUGACUCGGUCAAGACGAGGAUGCAGAGUUUGAAUAAUUUCGGCGGCCCGGCAACCAGGGGCAUCUACGACACACUAUCCCAAAUGGUGCGCCAGGAGGGUAUUCUGAGGCCUUGUCGAGGAAUGAGCGCGUUGGUCGUCGGGGCGGGCCCCGCACACGCACUCUACUUCUCCUGCUACGAAUACUCAAAAGAAAAAUUAACCCGGUUAGUUCCUAGUGCGUCGGAUUUUGCUCCAGGCGUUGCGGGCGCGAUGGCUGCUCUUUUACAUGACGGUGUUAUGAAUCCAGCGGAAGUUGUGAAACAGCGAUUGCAAAUGUACGGCAGCCCAUACAAAUCAUGCAUAGAGUGCGUUCGGAAAGUGUACCAGGCGGAGGGAGCCGGCGCCUUUUACCGCUCGUACGGAACCCAGCUGACAAUGAAUGUGCCCUUCCAGAGCAUCCACUUCAUGACCUACGAGCUGAUGCAGAAGCACAUCAACACGGACGGCCGGUACAACCCCAAGGCGCACAUGUUCAGCGGCGCCGUUGCAGGUGCCGUUGCCGCAGCGGUAACUACGCCACUUGACGUUUGCAAAACGCUGCUCAACACGCAAGAAUCGGCCGUCUCCGGCUUGUUCAACGCCGCCAGAACGAUAUACAACCUGAACGGUCUGGGUGGCUUCUUCAAGGGCCUGCGGGCGCGCGUGCUUUACCAGAUGCCGUCGACCGCUAUCUGCUGGUCAACGUACGAAUUCUUCAAGUACUGCUUGAACUCGAACAUGCGCGUGGAGGCGAGCUCACUGCUGCCGUCCCUGGACGUGGUCAACACCACCAGUGGCCCAGCGGCGAGGGACGAGGCGCCCCAAAUGCGGGAGCUUCCGCCGAGAAUCAUCCCUGCGCAUCCACCGGCCCAGCCGGUGGCGCCGCUUUCCACCUUGCCGGCGCUCGCUUUCAACGCAGUCCACCAUUCCUCGCACCGUGACAUGCACAACUCUGCCCUGCUCGAGGGCAUCACCACAAAGAUGCCGCGAUCGUAGCUGACCAUCUCAACAACUGCUUCUGCCACAUAGUUGAAAGGAAAUCCGUGUGGAACGAUAUGACAGUCAUUUUUCAAGAAACGACAAAGCAAGCAAGGGUGCUCGGCGGUGGCGAAGAGAGUCCUUUCCACCCCCCACUUGUUCUCCUGAAGUCUUAAUCUCAUUUCAAACCAUCUGCAAAUCCCAGUUGCUUCAAAUAUAGCAAAAUUAAUUGCGAUCGGCACUUUAGCUGGAUGAUAAACACCUGUUGUCGUGCCACUACAAAUUUAGCAUUUCUGACGUCACUCAUGAAUACUGCAAUAGCGUUCGUUUUGAAUAAGUGGCUUUCACAUGACGAAAGCGAUACCUUUUGCAGUUAAUUAUUGAGGAACAACUCGAACAUCAAAGAAGGCAAAAGAACAUUUUCAUUUUAUUUCACAUUUUCUAGCCACACGCUUUAUUUAAUUUGCCGCAUUUUAGAUACCACAAAUUUUUUGUUUUGGUAUCUGUACAAGAGAAAAUCUCUGCCAUAUGUAUAGUAUCAAAAUAAACACAAGUCGCACUCAAACUACAUAAAAAUAUAAUUUAGUACGUCUGUUGUAAAAAUCAAAGCAUGUGGCACUGUGUGCGAUGUGGUGGAAAUGCCUCAGAUCGAAGUAUGCAGGUUCUGUUUAGUUAAUCCACCUGGAAUGAAGGUCUCAGUGUUCCAAGUUUCAGCCAGGCUGGUUUCGGAAUUUUCCGGCAUGUUUCAGCUGGCUUUUUCCGGAUUUUUCCCGUCAAAUGGUAAAAUUAAAUCUUGCAAACAGGUUUUCUGGGGUACAAUUUUACGGGGAAUCUGAAUUUGGCGUUCAUUUAAAUUUUAGCACUUGUAAAUUUUUUAGGAGAGCACAAUUUAAAGCUUAAUAAGUGUCCUAGGGACAGCUAAAAUAUUUUUUAAAAAAUGUGCCACAAUAUUGUGGAAAAUUUCCCCCCACAGCCCAAGUUAACGCCACCGUUAGAAUUUUUCAGAUGGGGCACCGAGCUAGUACCCAGGAAACAGUGGUCCUUGAGUUCUGGAACGUGGAAAACGUGUCCUAUGUAAACAAUCAUUUUAUGCAUAAUAUAUGGAAUUUGCCGGCUAUAACCGUUUUAAAUCGGUUUUAACGACUCAUGUUAUUUUCCGGAAAAAGCCGGCAUUUUGCGAACACUGGAAGGUCUGAGCUUUCUCAUCGAGUUGUUAUGAGCACGACAAGCACUUACAAAUUCAAAUCUUUUGCUGGAGGUCUGCAAUUUGGACGCACCAGACCGAAUAGAAUCUUUCAAGUGCUGAUUACAAAUAGGUUGCUGGACAAAAUUUGGGUCAGCACCCCUCCAAGAACUUAUAACUUGCCCUUACGACAACCCACAUCCAAUGUCACAACUGUUUUCUCAAGAAGCACUACACUGUUGAAUAGUGGUUAAAUCGAUGUUAAAAAAAUGAUACGGAAUGACCACCAAUUUUCUUCAUCUUGGCCGCUCUCGAAAGUUUUUCCUUUCACGUUGUAGCCCUUUUAAUGUUAUAUUUAGAGAUUUUGCAGUAAAAUAGUCGUAUAGGUGCGAAACUUUCUAGGGUCCAAUAACGAAAACUUGGUGGCCACUUUGUUGGUGGGUAAAUUAGUUUUUGACUCCGGUUGAGGCGGAGUCGGGAAAUUAAUUCGGCUCCUCUGAUGACUGGCUCUGGCUGUGAAAUGCUGUAUCAUAAACUAUAGCUAGCUCAUAUUCACUUUUAAAGGAAGUAAUAUGGUCUAUCGAGGGGCCUGUUGAUCGGCUUUUCCAAAAAUAUAUGUUUCGUCUGGAAUUUUACCUGCGUUUUGAGGAAAAUCUUUCUAACCCUGCGAAAUCGCCAGAGAACAUACAAAAACGUACUUUGUAACUGCCGAGACAAUUAUUGAAUUGAGAGAAAUAAUGUUGAUGCUAUUUUUUAAAAGAAAGUAAAAAAUGGAGCCUUCUUUUUUUGUUACAGAGUAAUUUUUAGAGUUAUUGCAACAAAAAACAAUAUUAUUGUCAUCAAAGAAUCAAUAGUUCUGCAAAGUCCCGUGAUGUACAUAUUACAUAAAUGACCUUUGUAGUUGAUAAAAGUGAAAGGUAAUUAGUUAAUAA